AUGGCUGGAGUUUAUAGAGAAACCACUCGGGUUUACCGGGACCCGACUGAGUACUCAUCCGAUGAAGACCGAUACAAGACCUCCACAGUCCGCCGUUACAAAGUAGCGCCAAGUCGAGUCGAGAGGGUCGAGCGCACUGAGCGUGUCGAAGUCGAAGAAGACGACCGCCGGUCACGAUACUCCGGCUACCCGCUGCGCACCUCCGGCGAGUAUGGCUAUGCUCCCGAUCGCCCGCGCUCCGCUUUCGACUCCCGGAGCCAGGUAGUUGAGCGCACGGUAACCGAGCGUGAGCGCGAAGUUAUUGACCCCUACAGAGGUGACACCCGUAGCGUCGUCUACGAAAAGGAGUACGAACGUGAACGUGAGCGCGCCCCCCGCUUCGAUGCCGGCCGCUUCGACGAUGUUCGCAGCGUCGCCGACAAUAGAAGUGUUAUCGAAGUUGAGCGUGAGCGCGAGCGCGUUGACUGGGACCGCCGCUCUAAUAAAUCUCAUCGCCACCACCACCAUCACCAUUCGCCCGAGACAGAAGUCAGGGUCGACAAGCGUGUCGAACGCCGUGAGGAUGGAGACGUCACAGUCGAGAAGCGUGUCGAAGAAUACCGGGACGAUCAUGGCGGAGCAGAGGUCGAGAGAUACCGCAAGGAGACCGAGUUCUACUCUCCCGUCAGCCCCCCACCUAUUCCCCAACCCGUCAUCAUUCGUCAGCAAGCCCCGGAGCCCCAGAAGAUUAUUGUCCAGGAAGCUGCACCACCCGCGCCCAUCAUCGUACCCCGUCAGGAACCCGGUAUCGUCGUCCUCAGAGAGCGCGAGUCCCCUCGCGAGGUUGUCCGCCGCGAUCCCCGCGAGGAUGAGUACUACUACCGCCGUGAGACAAAGGAGCUUGGUCCGUAUCGCCGAGAUGAGCGUGAGUACCACUACGACCGACGAGGCCGUGGUCGCGGCGAAUACAUCAGCGACGACGAGGAUUACUACAUGAAGCGGACUGUCAUUCGCCGAAACCGAAGCUCCAGCUCAGACCAUCAUCACAAACGCCAUCUUGCAGAGGGAGCCCUCGCUGGCGCCGGUAUCGCUGCUCUCGCUGCGAGUCGAAGAGAUAGCCGCGGUGAGCUUGGUGCCAACCGAGGAAGCAAAGUCCUCGCUGGUGCUGCCAUCGGUGGCCUAGGCACUGAAAUCAUUCGACGGGCUCGUAGCGCGUAUGAAGACACUUACCACGAAGAUCAUCACUACGGGUCUCGCUCGAGAUCUCGCAGUCGCAGCUCCCGCAUCAAGACCGGUCUGGGGAUUGCUGCCGCCGCGCUCGCUGUUGCAGGCGCCGCAAAGUAUUAUCAGAGUGGAAAGAUCGAAAAGGAAGAAAUGCAUCGUGGUCGAAGCCGCGGCAGAGGCUACUCUGUUUCAAGCUACUCUGUAUCUAGAUCUCGUAGCCGCAGCCGCAAGAGCCGGAAGAGCCGCAGUCGCUCCGUGGCUAAGGCUGCUGCUGCAACUGCUGCCGCCGCGGGUUUGGUCCAGCACUUCCGCAACAAGUCCAAGUCCAAGUCAAGGAGUAGGUCGCGGUCUAAGUCUCGCAUCAGGACCGGGGCAGAGAUUGCCGCCGCUGGUUUGGCAGGCGGAGUCGCUAGCAAGAUUUAUAAGAACCGCAAGGAGAAGAAGGACCGCGAGGUAGAUCGAGAACUAGAAGAGCAGGACUAUGAGGAGGAAGUCCGGCGGGAACGGCGUGAACGUCGUCGGUCGCGCAGCAGGUCCCAGGCCCGCUCUCUAUAUUCCGAGCCGCGCAGCGCUGAUCCUGAGCUAGGCUUAGUUGAGUACGGAACAGAACCGCUGCCGACCGACCCGCCUUACCCGCCGGACGACGGGUAUGAGUCUGCAGCGAACGAGAGGCAACGCCGUCGACACCGGCGUAUGUCUGGCGAUGAUUACGACGGCCACGAGCCGGCAAAGAAGAGGAGCAAGAGCCGAUUGAGAGACAUGGCGGCAGCAGCAGUCGGAACGGGAGCCGCGGCAAUUGGACUUAAGCAGUAUCAGAAGAAGAAGGAGAAAGAGGAGGAAAGACGAGAAGAGAGGCGAGAAGAAAGAAGGUCGAGGGAGAGAAGCGCCCGGUCUCGCUCCAGGGACAGAUCGGUCACACGGGAAAGGACUUACUCACGAGAACGCGCCUACAGCAGGGAACGCAGCACAGACGACAGGAUGAGGAACAGGGAAAGAGAGAGGGACCGCAGGAGAUAUGAAGAGGAUGCUCGGGAUGACGGGUACUACGACAACUACAGCCGUCCUCCCUCACCACCACACGCCUCUGGCGGCUCAUUCUACCCGCCACCGCCAGCAGCCGCCGCAGGCUUCACCCAGCAUCCCAACAUUUCCACGGCCAACCUUAGAGAUCAAUAUCCGCCGUACCCGUCCUCAGACUCGGUGUACCCUCCGGGACCACCGCCAAUGGGGCCAUCUCCACCGAUGGCCACAGGCGGGGCCGGCGGCUAUCCUCCCCCUCCGCCUGCUGGUGGCCAUCCACCUCCAGGCGGUGGUCCGCCGGGAACGAGAUUUGGUCCUGACCAUGUGAGUGAAGACAUAUCUCGUAGCUCCUCACCACAAGCUGUCCAGCCAGCCGGUCUGGGUCGUGAGGCCCACGAGCAGCAGGCCGAGGAAGAGGCUAGGAAAGAGGAAGAAGUACCGGCCCUCAGCGAAGAGCAACUGGCGACGCUGCGGCCUGUCCUCAACCGUAGGCGUUCCUCCUCGGAUCCACCUAGUAGCAGAUCGGUCUCCCGUCGCCGCAAGAGGGAAAUCGAAACACCACCAGAAUCGGAAGACGAGGUUGAGGUCCUGCCCGACCGCUUUGAUACACAGGGACGACCCGUUGGCGGUGGUGGCAGUUCGGGGGCCAUGCGAUGGAGACAAGGGGCGUUCGACAGCCGGCCACGAAACGGCAAAGGAUUGCAUUCAAGCGGGGCAUGGGCUGUGGGUGGUACAGAUGGCGAUGUUGUGCAAAAGAUUGCGAGCGACAUUGAAGGCAUGAUCAGCGGGCAAAGCAGUUGGAAGAGUCUGCUGAAGGAUGUGGUGGGAGCGGUUCAGGAAGUGCAACAUGGCGGUGACGCGCGUAGGAUAAACAACAGUGACGACGAUGACCAUGACGACCGACGAAGGAGGCGAAGGAAGAGCGGAUGA